AUGGUUCUGUUCGCCUGCGCGACUCGCCUUAUUCCAGCUGGUUCUGAUGACCCUGACCUGCCUGCCUACACCUGGCUGCCGCCCGAGCGGCAGUUGCCUCGUGAUCCGUGGUCUGUAGAUCGAAUCACAGCCAACUGCUGCUCGGGAGGUUGUCUUGCUUUCAGCCGUCCGUCCGCAGGACCUCAUCUGAACGUUGAGCCGUUGAAGGCGAAGUGCAAGCCUAUCAUGCCUCAAAGCGAGUUCUACGAGCUUUGGCACAUGUUAGGCCGGCAGUGA